UGCAAAACUUCCAUCGUUGGAAAGCAUUCACUGAAAAUGUUCAAAUUCGCGAUACUUUUCGUAAUUAUCUGUGUUGUCUGGGCACUACCUCAAGAGACAAAUGAAGCUUCGAUCCUCAAAACCCCGGUUAACAAUUCGACUGAACUAAAUGACACCAAAAACCGAUUGGAUUGGCUGGAGAGCCAACAAGCAAUUCUGCAGAAUGCACAAUUCCGAAUUGAAGCCUCUCUGUAUUACAACAACUUGACGUGGAACAAACUGAUACCUGAAUAUUUUCAGGAAAGAUGGAAUAAUGCAGAAAAUAAUUUAGAGAACCUGGAAGCUGCUCAGCAUUUAAUACAAGAAUAUUUGGAAACCUAUCGAUCGGAUUUUGAAAAGCUACAAAACAAUACGGAAAGACAGCUUUCCGACCUGCAAAAUACAAGCUCCAGAACCGAGAACUCUAUUGAGACCAAGAACUUGGCUUGGGAAAAGGUCGUCCCUCAGGAUCUUACAGCGAGACUGGCCAGAAUCGAAAGCCAAGUUAAAGAAACACUGUCCAAGGUCACAGCCACCCAGCAGAUACCGCCAAACUUCGUAAAGAUUGGUACCAGGUAUUUCUACAUAGAGAAGAGUAUUAAACUCAACUGGUUCGGGGCAUCGCAUUUCUGUCGCCGGAUGGGCGGCGAUCUGGCCACCAUCGAAAAUGAAAUGGAGCAGAGCUUACUCAGGAUUAAACUUACAAAAAGUCCCUAUUGGAUUGGCAUUACCGAUUUGGAACAGGAAAAUGUGUUUGUUUCAGCAGCGACCGGGAAGAGAGCGCCGUUCUUAAAGUGGGCUCCAAAUGAACCCAAUAAUGACAACAAUCAAGACUGUGUUACAUUGAAGAGCUAUCAGGAUAUGGACGAUAACUGGUGUACCAGAGAACUUUACUUUGUUUGCCAGGCAAACACAAACAAAUAAUAGAACA